UAUUAAAAAUACUUCCGACUCCACAAACGCGCGCGGAUUUUUUGUUCGUAUCCUGUUAAAAUUUGUGAAACAAUCAAAAAGUACAAUUACAUUUUAAAAAGUGAAUAAUUUGUUACAUCUUAAUUGAUUGUUAAAAAAACUUUCCUGAAAAUAACUCAAAACUUUGGUGUCUGUGUCUUUUCAAACGAAAAAAAAAUUGUAAAAGAGCGCCCCGCGAUCUAUUUUCCGUGUGGGUUCGGGUGCGUUCGUUGCGAAAAGUGGCGGCAAUCGGGCAUCUUCGGCGGCGGUCGCCGCGAGGAGCGUCCUACCAACCCCGCCCGUGGGGGACAGAGACGGAGCACGCUGCUGACAUGGCGACAACACGAAUGGAUUGAUGUUUUUCACGUGGAAAACUCAUCCCUCGAACAUAUCUAGAUGUUCCCCUGCGCCCGUCAAGCGAAAAGCACUGACAUUAUGAAAAACUUUAAUUGAAAUGGCUUUUAAAAAGUAAACAUUAUCUAUUGUUGACGUUUUGUUGUAUUGUUCAUGGAACAAGAGAGAAUACUUAUGUAUACAUUAUUGAGAAAUUGUUGGAAUAGAUUUUAAGUCUGAUCUGCUGAAUCAUAUCUUCCAAAGAAAGUAUCUACACAGAAGGAAAGAUGGCUACACAAAGAUUUUGUUUGAGAUGGAACAAUCACCAGUCGAACAUGCUGUCGGUGUUCGACCAGUUGCUGCAUGCGGAGACGUUCACCGACGUCACCCUCGCCGUGGACGGCCAACUGCUGAAGGCGCACAAAAUGGUUCUAUCGGCGUGCAGCCCCUACUUCCAGGCUUUGUUUGUCAACCAUCAAGAAAAACAUCCUAUUGUCAUACUGAAGGAUGUUCCCUAUUCGGACAUGAAAAGCUUAUUAGAUUUUAUGUACAGAGGAGAAGUGAGCGUUGACCAGGAAAGGUUAACGGCUUUCUUAAAAGUAGCCGAGAGUCUAAGGAUAAAGGGCCUCACUGAAGUUAACGAGGAGAAAUGCGAUAUUCCAGCCCUUACCAACUCGCUAAUACAACAACAGGGUGGUAACGCCUCCGCUCAUACUCCCCCACCUCAACUACACAGAAUACAUCCAUACAUGCACCAAAAGCGGCCCGCUUCUGGAAUGCCCUCGGGAGGAGCACCUCCCAAUCUACUAAUGCCAUUGUUGGGCAACGCACUAAUGCAACCGAAAAGAAAACGAGGCCGACCAAGAAAGCUCAGUGGAAGUUCUAGUGACGCCUUAAACACGGCAGCUAGUCCACCAGGCGAGUUCGUACCGGAGUCGGCGUCUCACGCUAACUCCAACCGCGCCGGCGACCAGCUGAUCCGAGGCUCCCCGGAAAUGCUGGAGGUGAAGAUGUCCAUGGACGGGUUCAGCGCGGAGGAUGGCGGCACGUCGGGCGGCGAGGAGGGCGGUGAGGCACUGCUCAUCGACGAGGGUGAUGACGCGCAGUCCACCGACGCUCUCGCCGGCAAAGACUCCGAAACCGCAGAUCCCGAUAAAGCGCCCAAAGAGGAAUCCCAGCAAAACUAUCCAAGCAAUGGUCCCGUGCUAUCUAUCGAAAACGGAUCGAUAAAGCAGGAGCCGGCUUCCGACGCCACCGACGGCUACAACGAGCCCAUCGAAUACAAAUACAAUCCCGACAGAAGCCGCGAAAACUCCAAUUCACAAGAAGGCCCUCUCAAAGACACCGAUGACAAAAUCAGACUAGGUCGUAACUUAAAGCCAAAGAAUAGUAAAAAACUACUACCCCAAAUGUCAAAAAUUAGAGCCCGAAACUUAUUCAAUCAGCUCUCUGGUCUUUCUAACUUAAAUCCGGCGCUUAAUAGUUUUGAUAAGUUUCCUCCCGAGACUGUACUAAUGCCGGCCCUCGCUACACAGCUCUUUGCUGCCGAGCUGGAACAAAAUAAUCUGAAUUUGGCUAACAAUGAGGUGGCAGACUUGUCGCAAACCAACUGGGAACACCGCAUAUUCCCUUCUCCUAUCAGGAAGAAUAAUAUGGGAAGUGUAGGUAACUACCAUGAGGAAACUAACGAGUCUGUGAGGGAUUACUGCAUCAAAGAAGGUGAAAAUGUCUUUAGGUGCAAAAUAUGCGCCCGUGUAUACACUCAUAUCAGCAAUUUCUGUCGCCAUUAUGUUACUUCGCAUAAAAAGGACGUCAAGGUGUUCCCAUGUCCGAUUUGCUUCAAGGAGUUCACUCGAAAAGAUAACAUGAUUGCACAUCUUAAGAUAAUACACAAAAAUCAGCCCAACGCCAAUGAACAAAUGGCAAAACAAGAGUCUUAAUCAAAUUGGCAGAAUAGUCAUUACUCAGCAUAUUUUGAAGUGGAAGUAAAAGAUCUGAUUACAGCGAGAGUAGGGUUCACUCACCUCUUAACCAGAUGAAUUCGAAAUAGUAUGUAACAUAUAGAUUGCCGUUGAAUAGGUCUCGAGCUCUAUGUUUCACAAUGUAUCAAUAAGUUUGUUGAUAUUAACGAUAUAGAAGUCGUUUGUUGUUAUAAUUAUCUAUUUAUUUAUGUUGUUCCAUUGUUUCUCACGAGUGCUGAUUUCAAAGAGAUUUAAGAAAUAUUCUUUAAUUUACUUGUUAUUUUGCACUUAAUUGUUACUUAAUUUUAUUACUUACAAAAUUUUCAGGGUACAAAGCAACUACUCAUGGUGAUCGUUAAUUCAAAUGUAGUCUAUUCAAUUACUGUUUAUAUUCUGAUUAUUACAUGCAAUUCUCAUUGAACUGAAUUAGUUAGUUAAAUUAGUCUAGUAGUUAUAUUAACGAGCGUAGCAAUGGCGAGGCCUUUUAUAAGUCACUAUGGCAGCUAUAGCUGUCGAUAGCGACCUGCCCGCUGGUCCGUGGACGAGGCUCUAUAUAUUGACUGGAAAGGCUCGAUAUCUAGCCGCCAUUGUGUAGUGGUGUAAAUGCAUUUUCAUUUAACUUGCCUUAUUAGUGAUCUUAGUUGUAAAUAACGAUUUGACUUCUCCGAAGUAGAACUCAACACAGGCUAUGAUUUUAAUAUCUAGAAUUGUUAAGAUUAAUUUAUAAUAUUUUAUUAAUGUUGAAAUAUUUGGUUGUAUAUGUUAUGCUAUUCAGAGACGCGUGUAUCUAAUUACAGCGUAAUAGAAACAAAUCUUAAAUGAACGUAGCAUCAAAUCUCAUUGCAGCGAAGAACGUAGAAAAUUAAAUCACACCUAUUUAUAAUUUAUGAAUUGUAAUUAUAAACACCUUCAGUUCCUGUGCGAUUAUAAGCCCCAAAUUCCAAAAGAUAGAAAGGUACGAGUUAAAAUUAGCAAAAGAGAACUCUUAUUUCUUAUCAAUAGACAAUUUAUUAUGUAAACUAUAUCUAUCUACCGACUAUACACGUGUACGUCAAAGACAAUAUUGUACGAGGCUAGUAAGUACAUACCUAUUUAUUACAAAGUUUAAACAUGCAAAGAGUAGUUAAGAAGCUCCUCAGAAAUAUUCUCAUUUUUAUUGCUAUGAAAUGUUAUAAUUGUAACAGUUUAUUUGGAAAAUGAAAAGAAUAAAUCUAUUUAAAUGUAAAUAUUUUGAAGAUAGAACUUGGCGUUGUUAUAAAAGUGAUUAGCAAGGUGCUUUGAAAGAACUUAUUGAUAACUGGAAUCAUGAGAUGAUUUGUAAAUUAUAUUUUAGUAGGAAUCAAAAUGCCUUAAAUAUUAAAUAAGGAAAGUACUUAUAAAUUAUUUAGUUAAAACUUAGAGGCAAAAUGUAGUCUUCCAUGUAACUAUAGCAACACUUUUUGUCACUGAAGGACUCUGGGACCCAUCACUGGAUACAAAUAGGUUGAUCAGGUGUUCAAUGUUACACCAUGUAAACAAUAUUUUCCACUGUCUUAUUGAUUGUGGGGCCCAAAGUUCAUUACUGUCUAGUGGUUAAAACCUAGAUUUAUCAUGACCACUACUAUAGGUAUUUCAUGAAUAUCGUGCGUUAACGAGGCGCAUUGUCUACAACUAAAUACUCAGAUAAUAUUUACUUCUAUAGAACCUACUUCGACACGAAUUUCGUUUGUGAAACCCCAGAUAAAUUCCAAAAUAUUAAAUGUAGGUCCAGGGAACGCUUGCCUAUUAGUGUGCCUUUACUUGUAUAUAAGUUAAAUAUUUAUCGACUACUAGAUGACUAAGAAAUUUCAAAGAAUGUUAUGUAUAUUUAUUUAUUUUCAUUAUUCAGAGUUUACAAUCUAUAUACUUUAAGAAGCUUCCUUAGAAAUAGAAACCUUUUAGGCCCAAGUAGUUAAAAAUAAAAUUUAUAUAUUUAAAAAUAAGAAUAUCAUCUCAUGUUUCCCAUUUUAUUUGGAAAGCAAAAGAACUAAUGUUUUGAGAAGUUAAUAAUUAAUGAAAUCGUAAGAUUCGAGGCGACUUAGUCUUGAUAAAUCAAUAUUAAGACUGUUUAAAUUCAUAAAACGAAUUUAUUGUACCUUCAUAAACUUUAUAAUGAAAAUUUAUCUUGGACAAUGAUAGGUACUUAAUGGGGAAAUUAGAUUAAGGUGAGGCUAUUACUGAAAAUUUUCGAAAAUCUCUUACUUAUUAUAGUCAAUUUAGCCAGUGCCUAAGCUUAAUCCAUUCUACACCGUAUCUUAACUUAGUAUUUUUUUUUAUAAGAUAUGAAAGAAGUACCGAAACAUUUAUUUAAACAUUUUUGUUCAGAUGAAGGGUACAGUUCUAACUGUUUUAAAUAUAAUUUGUGACGUGUUUCCAUUUACCAACCUAUAUUAUCAUACAAUAUACUUUAUUUAUUAAAUGUUAUAUCAUCAAUUGGUGCUAAAUUAUACUUGUAUAAGAGAACGUCACAUAUGAUGUGACCUAUAAAUGAAAUUGUCCCUAUAAUAUAUACUUAAUUAUUGUUUGUUGAAUUGUUGUUUCAAAAUUUAUCUAUAAGUCGUCCUGUUUUUAUUGGGGUUUAGAAAGUUUUGGGAAAAGAAUAUUAUGAACUUUUGUUACCGGUAUAUCGAAUGUUUACUUAUUGCCUGUCUACUUAAUGCAUUAUUUUUGUGUAGUUGUCUACAACACAAUAGAGAAUAUAUCUCGCAGUAACACUGUUAUGUAACCCAUAUGUCGUCGAUUAUCACAUUCGUAAAGCAAUAAUAUUAUAAUCAUUACGGUUUAAUUAAAACAGUUGCAGCAUACUUAUUCUAAGGUUAUCAACGCGAUAACGUUUUAAUUCAUUUAUCUAAAUAAAACUAUAUUACCUUUUAGAAAUAGUCCAGACGGGAGAACAUGAUUUAUGAAAAAGUUAUUUGGUAAUUUGUUUAAUAUAACAGUUUGUUGCCAACUUGGAAUUUAUGAUACACAAAGAAAUGAGCCUAAAUGUUUUGUAACUGUAAAUUACAAUCAAGUUGAUGAUAAACCAAAACGAGUAACAACAGAACUAUUACCACAUGUUUAAUUAUUGAGACAGAUAUUUAAGAAAUUCAAUCAAUAUAACACAACUCUCAUAGUAUAUAAAUAUUAUAUAUUAUAUUACUUACUGGUAUGAAUUAACAUUACGCGAAAUGUUUAUUUAAAUAGUCUUUAGCCAAAUGUUGAAUACAUCAAUAAUUUUAUUGUUUGCACUUAGACAAUAGCAAAUGCAAAAUGUAAUAUUUAGAUACAUUUAGAUGAAGAUUACACGACUUAGAGCUAUUUGUUAAUGAAGAAAAUACAUUGGUAUACAAUAAGGUGUUAAUUACUAUUUUUAGAAUCUUUAAAGAAAUAAUAAAAGUUACAGGAAAAAUAGCAAAUCUUUCUCUUGCAGUUAUUAUUAUGUUUUGUUUUGUUUCACUUGUUUAUAUUUGAUUUAUUAUAAUACCUUCUUUAUUUGAUUGUGACGUUGGCAAAAUCUCAUUAUAUUAACAGCUUAUUUAGUAGAAUGUUGAAUUAUAUUGUGUACUUAUUAUGUUUCAUGAAACGCUAUAGGCAUCUGAAGCUUAACACUGUAAUGUGGACGUUAAAGUGAGUUAUGGGUGACGACCCCGGGCCGUGUGCCACGCGAGUUCCCGGCUCGCUCGUCUGUACACUUUACACUCCGGUGAUAUUACAGCAACGACGACCGACACUAACGAUUCAGAUUAUUAAAAAAUAAAUUUUAUUUUAAUAGUAGCAAAGUAACAACACGGGUUAUUAGUAAAGAGUAGAAUAAAGGUUAAGUUAUUUAUAAUAUUGUAGACAUAAAUAGUAUUGUUAACAAUGGAGUGACUUUUUUAAACUGUAGGGAGCUUGGUAGUCACGAAGAGAGGACUGAUCAGGUAUGUUAUCCUAUGACACUACUCUCAGGUAGACGGUGUGGUUAGAGCUAGAUAUGUUUAAUGUGCUUUCUAUGUUGCUCAAAUUGAUGCUAUGCGGUGAACAAAGUAUUUUUGGUCCAGUACAAAUUGUUGCUUGUGUAUUUUUAUUUUAAACUCCAUGAAUUUAAGCAUCAUCCACACAUUUUAUUUUAAUGAGGCUAUUCUUAUGUUUCUUUUUCAAAUUACGCCUUAAUUUUAAGUUUAUGUGAACGAGGCAGCUACAUACUUCAGUUCCUUGAAUUUUAAUUCCUCUCAGUAAAGAACGAUACGAGUUAUGUUUAUUUUUCAACUUUGAAACCCACCUUUUGUGAUCUUUAAAGCUAAGUUAACUGAAUGUUAUUUUUAUAAUUAUUGUACCUACUUACUGUACUUGCCGAAAUAGUUCCAAAUGCAAACACUUGAGUCCUAUUAUAUCAUAGUGAAAUCUAUUCUUUUUUUUUGUUAUAUUAUUUUUUAAUUUAUUAUUUAGACGUAAUGGUUAUUUCAUAUAUUUUAAGCAGUCCGAUUGGCAAAACUUCAAUGUUUGUUCAAAUCUUGGCUACUGUAAGCACUAUCUAUGAACUCUACAUCGAUGCAACCUAACUUUAUCAUUUUUAUCGUGCUCAGCCACUAAAAUGUAAUUAAUUAUUUUAUUUGGUUCUGAAUUUUUAAUUUUGAUUUGUAUGUUUUAAUUUAAGAUUUACACUACAUGGAUGAGUUUGUUUUGCAUGUUCAUUGAUAUACUGUGGUGCUACUGUUACAUCAGCAUCUUGAUGGUCAAGUAAAUCAAACUUAUACAUAUCGAGUAGGGUCAUCGAUUGUAGUUCAUCAUUUUUAUCAUGGUCAAAUCGAUGUCAUUCAUUCAAUUUGAACAAAUAAAGGUUAAUAUAUUUUA